CACGAUUGAGGAGUUUAUUAAUGAUACUGUCGUUCAGUUCACUUACUUUUUUUCCUUUUAGAGUCCUAGCUAGCCCACAGAUUACAUGAUCACAUGUUCAUCCAGUCAUUCAUAUAGAACACAAACCACCAUGCAUGAUUUCUUCUUCUUUAUUUUCCCUCUCUGCCUUUUUUAUUCCUUUUAAGUUGCUUUGUCAUGUUCUCUUUUAUCAUCAAGCUCAAUCUUUGUCUUCCCCUCGCUGCUAUUUGUUCUGUUUUUUCCCAUGCUUGGUUACUGCAAUAUUAUUUGAUUAACGGGCUGUGAUGAUGAUGAACCUGCACACUGGAGGAGCAGCUACUACAGUGGUGAUGAAGGGAUGUAAUAAUGGUCGCUAUCCUCGGAAUUCUCUCUACAGUGACUGCAUAAUAGAAGAAAAGGCAGUGGUCCUGCAGAAAAAAGACAAUGAAGGAUUUGGAUUUGUGCUCAGAGGGGCAAAAGCUGACACACCAAUUGAAGAAUUCACCCCAACUCCAGCCUUUCCUGCUUUGCAGUACUUGGAAUCUGUGGAUGAAGGGGGAGUAGCAUGGCAAGCUGGCCUGAGAACUGGAGACUUUUUGAUCGAGGUUAAUAAUGAGAACGUAGUGAAAGUUGGCCACAGGCAGGUGGUGAACAUGAUUCGACAAGGGGGCAAUCACCUCGUUCUUAAGGUUGUCACAGUAACCAGGAAUCUUGAUCCAGAUGACACAGCUAGAAAGAAAGCCCCACCACCUCCUAAGCGAGCUCCAACCACUGCACUGACCCUGCGGUCUAAGUCAAUGACCUCAGAGCUUGAAGAGCUUGUGGAUAAAGCUUCAGUACGGAAGAAGAAGGAUAUUCUCCCUUCACAUUUUGAAGGUUUGAAGAAGAGGAUUGUUUUUCGAGUCACACUAAAUAAGGUGGAUGAAAUAGUACCAGUUUCCAAGCCAUCAAGAAUUGCAGACAAUGCAACUGUGGACUCGAGAGUGGCAACUAUAAAACAGAGGCCUUCUAGUAGAUGUUUUCCCUCAGCUACAGAUAUGAAUUCCAUGUAUGAGAGACAGGGUAUUGCUGUGAUGACGCCCACUGUACCAGGGAGUCCUCAAGGUCCUUUUCUGGGAAUACCUCGGGGUACAAUGAGGAGACAAAAAUCUAUAGGAAUAACGGAGGAAGAACGGCAGUUUCUGGCUCCUCCUAUGCUGAAGUUUACCAGAAGUCUCUCGAUGCCUGACACCUCUGAAGAUAUCCCACCACCACCACAGUCCUUACCUCCUUCACCACCACCACCUUCUCCCUCUCUGUACAACUCCCCCAAAUCCCUCACAACAAGGAGCUAUGGAACUAUUAAACCUCCAUUUAACCAGAAUUCAGGUGCAAAAAUUUCCUUGGUUAGGCCUGAGAGUGUGGGAACAAUGAUAAGGGACAAAGGGAUCUAUUACAGACGAGAGCUGGACCGAUACUCUCUGGACUCAGAAGACCUGUAUAGUCGAAGUGCCGCAUCUCAGGCAAAUUUCAGGAACAAGAGGGGUCAGAUGCCAGAAAAUCCAUAUUCUGAGGUUGGGAAGAUUGCAAGCAAAGCAGUUUAUGUGCCAGCCAAACCAGCGAGGCGGAAGGGGAUGCUGGUGAAACAAUCCAACGUCGAGGACAGUCCAGAAAAGACCUGCUCUAUUCCAAUCCCAACAAUCAUUGUGAAAGAGCCAUCCACCAGCAGCAGUGGGAAAAGCAGCCAAGGGAGCAGCAUGGAAAUCGAUCCUCAGUCUUCAGAGCAACCGGGGCAGCUCCGGCCUGACGACAGCUUGGGUGUCAGCAGUCCGUUUGCAGCAGCCAUUGCAGGGGCAGUGAGGGACAGGGAAAAGAGGCUGGAAGCGAGAAGGAAUUCUCCAGCCUUCCUUUCCACGGACCUGGGAGAUGAGGAUGUUGGGCUAACCCCACCAACACCACGCAUGAGGCAAUCUAAGUUCACCGAUGAAGUAAUGUUCAGUAGUGAGGAUGGUUUCAGACAGCUCAUGUCGCCAUCACCAAUUCCUGCACCCAGAGAGCCUGAAAGUCUCUUCAAUAGCAGUGAGCCCAGCAAUCAGAGUGACUCAAGGACAUUAAAUGCCUCGUCCAAAAUGAAAGGUACUGACAACAGUGCAGUGGCAGCCAAGUCCACAAACGCGUCCAGCCCGGAGAGCUACGUCCACCCAGUCACAGGGAAGCUGUUGGAUCCAAACUCACCACUAGCCCUUGCGCUCUCUGCCAGGGACAGAGCCAUGAAAGAACAAACGCAGCAGAUUCCAGGCAAAGGAGACACUGUCAAAACAGACCUUAAUAAACCGCUUUACAUCGAUACAAAGCUGAGACCCAACAUGGAAACGACUUUUCCUGUUACUGCCACUGUCACGAGGCAAAACACCCGUGGCUUGUUGAGACGACAGGAGACUGAGAACAAGUACGAAACGGAUGCAGGGAAAGAAAAGAAAGCUGAGGAGAAGAAGAACAUGUUGAUAAACAUUGUGGAUACCUCGCAGCAGAAGUCAGCUGGCUUGUUGAUGGUUCAUACCGUGGACACAGCGAAGUCGGACGAUAUGCCUGAAGAUGAGGAGGAAAAGGAAGCUGAGAUGGAGCCAAGUCCUGAAAACUCCCCACCAGAGAGGGUAGAAGGGAGCGAGGAAGUAGAAGAAAGUGAGCUGAAUACACCUGCUGCACCCGAGCCAUCAGUAUCUCCCUGCAAAACCAUCGUGGCAGCAAGUUCUGUCGACGACCCUGUCAUCCUGCCCUUCCGUAUCCCCCCACCACCCUUGGCAUCCGUGGAUAUUGAUGAGGAGUUUAUGUUCACUGAGCCACUGCCCCCUCCCUUGGAGUUUGCCAACAGCUUCGAUAUCCCCGAUGACCGCGCGGUUUCUGGGUCGGCUCUGACAGACCUGAUCGCGCAGAGGAAGAACGGCACACCCUCACCCGCACCAUUUGCCCCCAGCCAGCCAACAAAUUCCCUGGAAAGCAAAAAGCAAGUGGGUCUUUCAAACUGUUUGCCUGCCUCCUUUCUGCCGCCCCCUGACAGCUUUGAUAACGUCACUGACUCUGGGAUUGAGGAGGUAGACAGCCGAAGUAGUAGUGACCAUCACUUAGAGACAACCAGCACUAUCUCAACGGUGUCCAGCAUCUCUACCUUAUCUUCGGAAGGGGGGGAGAACGUGGAUACUUGUACAGUCUAUGCAGAUGGGCAAACAUUUCUGGUGGACAAACCCCCAGUACCUCCUAAGCCAAAAAUGAAGCCCAUAAUCAACAAAAGCAAUGCACUUUACAAGGACGCGCUGAUCGAGGAGACUGUGGACAGCUUUGUGAUCCCUCCUCCCGCUCCACCCCCGCCUCCCAUCACUGCCCAGCCCAACAUGGCUAAAGUUGUCCCCCAAAGGACAUCCAAGCUAUGGGGGGAUGUGCCAGAGGUGAAAAGCCCGAUUCUCUCAGGCCCCAAGGCUAAUGUUAUUAGUGAAUUGAACUCAAUACUCCAGCAAAUGAACAGAGAGAAAUCCUCAAAGCCAGGAGAGGGAUUGGAGUCACCGACCGGAACAAAGACUGCAAGUCUCAGUACAAGGAGCACGGAAGUCAUGAGUACUGUCUCAGGUACACGAAGUACAACAAUCACUUUCACUGUCCGACCAGGAGCCAGCCAGCCGAUCACACUGCAGAGCAGGUCCCCAGACUAUGACAGUAGGACCUCAGGAGCAAGACAUGCUCCAAGCCCUGUGGUUUCACCAACAGAGAUUAAUAAAGACAUCAUACCUGCCUCUCUGACUGCUUCUGCUUCAGCUUCAUCUCCUUCUCCAACUCUGUCUGAUGUAUUUAGCCUACCCAGCCAGCCCCCUUCUGGGGACUUAUUUGGCUUGACCACAGGGCGCAGCAGGUCUCCUUCUCCCUCAAUAUUACAACAGCCAAUCUCAAAUAAGCCUUUUACAACUAAGCCUGUCCACCUGUGGACUAAACCAGAUGUGGCAGAUUGGUUGGAAAGUCUAAACUUAGGUGAACAUAAAGAAACAUUCAUGGACAAUGAAAUAGAUGGCACACAUUUACCAAAUCUACAGAAGGAAGAUCUGAUAGACCUUGGAGUGACUAGAGUUGGGCACAGAAUGAACAUAGAAAGAGCUUUGAAGCAGCUGCUGGACAGAUAAGAAUAGCUAUUUCGCCUCACAAACUUCUGUUGAUAACUAGAGAUGGGCUGGUACUGACAUACCCCAAAUGCCUUGUGUGUCUGCGAGUGCCAGCAAAACUGGGGGGUGGGGAGGGGGAAAACAGUUGAAUUCCUGGUACUCAGGUGAUGCAGACUGUAUGCUACGUGCCCAAACACAAAUCUAAAGAUGUUAAAGAAGUGGGGCCAUUUUAUUUCUAAGUUGUGGGGAGAUAUGAGAGAGAGAUGAUUGUUAACUUCAAAAAUACUAUCUCUUGAUGCACUUUGCUGGGACUGUGGCAAACUGCUUUUCUUUCCAUUUCAAAUUGCAAACAUUUCGGGGCUUUUUUUAUUGA